UAAGUCUUUCUGCCCACAUAGGGUCUCACUCACUCAUUCACUCAUCUCUCUUGAUGUCCCAUCACCAAUCUAUCUCUCACCUCUUUCUUCUCCUUCAUCGUCCUGAACAUCGUCUCCUUCUCACGAAUAAAGAAACACAAAAUGAAAUCUCUUAGCCCGUGAAAAGAUCCACGCUAUCAAGACGAAGCUGCGUUUCAACUUGAUACUAGUUUAAAAACGAAGCACAAGACAAUAACGAAAUAUAAUAGUUUUGUUUCUUCUCGGUUUUCUUCUCAUGGACACGGCAACAGGAGAAACUGCCGUACCCGAUCCGAACAGUGGAGAACCGAGUCCAUCAGCAGCAGUAACUGGAUCAUCGUCGUCGUCACAAGCACAACUUCAAGCUCCGCCUAGCCGGUACGAGUCGCAGAAGAGAAGAGACUGGAAUACUUUUUUACAGUACUUAAAGAACCACAAGCCACCAUUAACUCUAGCUCGUUGCAGUGGUGCACAUGUAAUUGAGUUUUUGAAAUAUUUGGAUCAAUUUGGUAAAACUAAAGUCCACAUAUCCGGUUGUCCGUAUUUCGGGCACCCGAAUCCGCCUGCACCUUGUGCUUGUCCUCUGAAGCAAGCGUGGGGUAGUCUUGACGCGCUAAUCGGACGGCUGAGAGCUGCUUACGAAGAGAACGGUGGACGGCCAGAAUCUAAUCCUUUUGGAGCAAGAGCGGUUAGGAUUUAUCUUAGGGAAGUGAGAGAAGGGCAGGCCAAAGCUAGGGGAAUUCCGUACGAGAAGAAGAAACGGAAACGGCCUGCUGCUACUGUUGCUUCAUCGGCGGCUGUUAGCCAAGGGAUUGAUGUCGGUGACGGCUCUUCAAGUGGUGGUGGUGGUGGUGGUGGAGGAGAUAGGACAGGUAGUAGUGGCGGUGGUGAUACGAAUGUUGCUGCUGCUGCAACUGCUGCUCCUCCUACUAAAACUACAGCCGUAUAGUUUUUUAGUUCAGAUAAUUUCUUUCCAUUUUUAAUAUUUGUCUUAAUUGUGAUUAUGAGUUUUAUAUAUAUAUUACAUAAUCUGGCGAUUAUCUUUGCAAUCGAGAUGAAAUUGAACAACAAAAUUUAGUUAGACAUCUAGUUAGAAUUGAAUGUUACUAUCACUUCUUCUUCUUCUUCUUCUUCUUCUUCUUCUUCUUCUUCUUCUUCUUCUUCUAUCCUGUCAUUUGAAAAAUAUUCCAUAUAACAUAAAGGAAAUGAAGGCAGAGGGAAAGAGAAGUUGAGAACUGAGAAAUUUCAACCUUUUCUUCUGGUAUGUAUACUA